GGAUUUCAGUGUAUAUCCAAGUGGGAACAGGCCAGUAGACAACGAAUACGACCACCAAUGCUGACAGAAGCUUUGCAAACCAACGUUUCAACAGUGCCAUUUUUCAAGUGUAUAAAAAAAAAAUAACACGGAUUCAAAUAAUUCAUAAAUUGUGAAUUUAAAACUGUUUUUUAACAAAACCAAGUGAAGUGUAGUGUGUGUUAUUUUUCAUGAAAAGUGUAAUUCAAAACGUGCCUAGGUGUGACUGCGCAGACGCAAUGUAAAUUAAGCCUUUAACUAAAUGGGCAAAAAGGAGUGAUUUGAAAACAAAAUAAUGUUGUGAAAUAAAAUAAGAUUAAGAGAAAAGAAAAAAAAGGAAGCUAACAAAAAUCAUGACGGACGUAAAGCAAAUUGAGAUUUCACAAUCUCAACCACAACAACAGCAGCAACAACAACAACAACAAGCUCAACAGCAACAACAAAUGAUGAUUGUGACACAUGAGAUGCAACAACAAAAUGUACAGCAACAACAUGUUCAACAGCAAUCACAAGCUGUUCAACAACAACAACAGCAAGUACAGCAACAACAACAAAAUCAACAAGUUCAACAAGUACAACAAGUCCAGCAAGUGCAACAGCAACAAGUACAACAACAACAACAGCAAGUUCAGCAACAACAACAAAUGCAAGUCCAACAAGUUCAGCAAGUUCAACAGCAGCAAGUGCAACAACAAAUGCAAGUUCAACAGCAAGUACAACAACAGCAACAACAAAAUCAACAACAACAACAGCAAACCAAUGGACAACACAAUGUUGUACCAACACAAGUGCAAGUUCAACCUCAAGUUGCUGCUAUUAUGCCACAACAACAGCAGGGCGGAACAACAAUUACAACAAUGGCUGCCCAUCCACAAGCUGUUCAAGUUAUUCAACAACCAAUUCAAAGUCAAGCCUAUCAUUUGCAACAACUCUACAAUACUCAAGGUGCACCUUUAAUAAUGCCAGGAAAUUUAGCCCUUCAUCCUGCUGGAAUUAAUCCAUCCUCUAUUCAGGUGAUAACUGCCGGUAAACCAUUUCCAUCGGCAACGCAAUUAACACCUCAUAUGCUAACUACAGCGUCCAAUCCUGGACAAGCUGGUGGUCAUCCUGGAACUGGUGGAACUAAAGUUCAAGGAUUUCUAACUGGCUAUUUACCAGUGCCAACAUCGACUGCUGGAAGUGGACAAACCGUUGUAUUUGGUCAUCAUGGAGUUCUUGGCUCACCGCAACCACCACAAUCAAUGCAACAGCAACAACAACAAUCAAACAAUAAGCAGGAUCAAGUACAAAAAUACACUGCCUGUGCACCUGGAACGCCUUCAGGUGGAAGAGGUGGUGGAAUGCAAUUUGCACCCUGGCAAUUUGCACCACAAGUUGCCUGGACGGGUUUACAAUCUCCAACAACUCUCUUGACUGCAGGACCAAAUCAAAUAUUCAUCCGUGGUCCAACUCAACAGGAUAUGUUCAUUCAAAAUCCCCAACCAAUUCAAGCUCACAAUGCUUUAGCAGCACAACAACAAAUUCAAGGCAUGCAACAAAUUACAACUGCAAGCGGUAAGCCAAGAGUAAUGGAAAUUCAACAGCAACCACAACAACAAGGAAAACCAAGUUCAAGUGGACAAAGACCAUUGAGUAUUCUUCCAUCCUCUCUACAAGGAUUACAAGCAGCCAAUAUCCGUCCCGCGAGUUCCGUUUCAACUCAAACAGUUCACGGAGUUCAAACAACGACUGGCAAAGGAGGUGGAGGUGCUGGUAAAGGCCGUGGUAAGCCAGUGGUUCGCACAAGUCCCGGUCCAAAUGCGGCAAUAGCAGCAACAAAAACCGAUGCGGCUAAUCAAACUAAAUCCAAUGUACAUCAUGCAACAAUGAUAAUGCAACAACAACCUGUCGUGAGCAAUAGUGGCGUCAAUAAAAUACUUAUAACUGCAAAUACGUCCGUUGCUACUUCUGCGCAACCACCUGGCUCACCCAUGUCCACUGGUGAUAAACAAAAUUUCGGACCUCAAAACAAAACAAUUAUGCAAUCACAACAACAGACACAGCAGCAAGUACAACAAACAAUGCAACAGCAACAUCAACAGGUCUUCAUUCAACAGAUGCAACAUAUUCAACAGCAGCAGCUUCAACAACAGUAUCAACAACAGCAAUCAUCACAGCAACAAAUACAACCCAAACCAAUGAUGAGCGGUAUGGCCUUGCAGCAACAACAGCAUCAUCAGCAACAAACGAACGUUGUACUAGGAGGGGAACGACCAAUAAUGCCCGUUGUCUCAAUGAGUGGAGUUGGAGUUGCAACGACUCUACAGAUGAAUCAAGUACCUCAAUCACCAAUGACAACUGUUCAACAACUACAAUUACCGCAAACAAUUAAUCCUGCAAUGAUGACGAAUCAUUUGGUCAAUGGAACAACUCAAGUACAUACAAUGCCAAUGGUAACACAGUCUGUUGAACAACCUCAACAUCAACAACAACAACAGCAACAACAACCAACACCUCAACAACAGGAUAUUACAACAUCUCAAAUUGUCGUCACUGCUCUAGAUCGUAAUCAACAGACGGAUACAAAUAUUCAGACAAUAAAUAUACCAAUUUCCAAUGAAGAUCCCCUAAAGUCAACACCAAAAAAGAAUGAUAUUUUACAAACUGAAGAAGCACCAACACCAAUGGAUACUUCAGAUAUAGAUCAGAAUAAAAUGAUUAUGAAGGAAGAAUUAGAAAAUGCAACAGGAAAAUUAGAUGAUAAAUUAAGUAAUAAUCCAUUGGCUGGUUUAGCAAGUGCUGUGAAUUCGAUAACAAAUGGAAUAACCGGUAGUGAAGAAUCAACGGCUCCAAUAUCGUUACCAAUGAAUGUUAAUAGUAAACAAACGCCAUUAAAAGCAAUGGUGAAGCCUCAAGUACUCACACACGUUAUUGAAGGAUUUGUAAUUCAAGAAGCUUCUGAGCCUUUUGCUAUCAACCGGACAAAUCUCAACGGUUCUCUGAGUCAAGAUUCAAUUUCCAAUCGCAACAGUGAAAAGGAUGGUUAUGAGGAACCUCCAAGAAAGAAAGCAAAUUACACGAAUGAUGAAAAUAUGGACAAUAAUCAUAUUAACAAGUGUGAAGCAUGCGGGAAACAAAUGGAUGAACAAACUGGAAAACUCAGAAAAGACAAGAGAUUUUGCUCAUCGAUAUGUGCAAAGAGUUGUAAAAAACGAGAUCGUGACGCAGGAGAGAAACAAUGGACGGAAAUGGAAAUUGAUGCAAAAAAUAAUGAAAUGGAAGCACAAAAGAAAAGUGGCGAGGAUAAGUCAUUAACGACAAGUACAACUCCAAAUAUAGACGAUUCGCUACCAAAAAUAAAUCCUGUCAAGUGGACGGUAAACGAAGUUUGCGAUUUCAUUCGAAAUUUGCCAGGUUGUGCAGAUUAUGCGGAAGAUUUUGCUAUUCAAGAAAUUGACGGACAAGCACUAAUGUUACUAAAAGAAGAUCACCUAAUGUCAGCAAUGAGUAUUAAAUUGGGUCCAGCAUUGAAAAUAGUUGCAAAAAUUGAUUCAAUGAGAAUUGAUUCAAUGUCCAGUACAAGCCCCGUGUCGAGCAAUAAUAUUUAAAUUUUUUAUAAUUCAGGGAUAGUGCAAAAAAAGUCUUACAAAUUCUUAAAAAAAAAUGUUGUUAUAAAAUACAACAGGGUUCGAAGAUGUUCAGAUUGUUAAUAUUGUUAAUAUUUAUAAAAUUCAGUUGGAUUUUUAAUUUUAUUUAAAAAAAAAAUAUAUAUAUAUAUUUCGAGUGGAAUUUUUUAUUUUCUUGCAAAAACAUUUUUGGACCACAUUUUUCAAUAUAUUUUAAUAUGAUCAAUUGAUCACAACAAAUCUCGAGCAAAGAUAAACAAACAUAUCUGUGGUGAUUUAAGUUCGAGAUUUAAAAAAAAAAAAGAAAUGUAGAUAAAUAUAUAUAUAUAUGUCGAAGUGAAAAAUUAAAAAUAACUUCUGUGACUAUUGUGCGUGUAUAAGAAAUAUUUUUAAAGUCAACAACUUUAAAAUGUGCGCGUUAAAUUCGUUGGAUGCGAAAAGAACUGAGUUCUAAGUUUAAUUUUUAAGUUAACAUUAAAAUGUAAAUAUGAUAGAUAUGUUUAUUUAAAAACAAAAAAUUGAAAAUUUUAUAGAACACACACACACACACGAAUAUAGUCAAAGAUAGUAAGUCCUAUCUGUUUUCGUGAUAUACUUUUAAUUAAUGAAAAUGAUAUCGAAAAAAGGCAGCUGUUUCGAUUACUUUUUUCUCACUUUUAUUUUAACUAUUAAAAAACAAAUCUCAAUGCAUUUAGUGAUUCAGAUUAUCAAGAUAGUUAAAAACAAAAAAAAAAAAAAAAAAAGUACUGUCCUUGAUGUCUUUGUGAAUUCUUGUCAAUAGCAAUCUAAUAUAAAAUAACUAUUAAGCUUUCUUUUCAAAAUAAUGCCGAAUAUAUAUAUAUACAUAUACCUUUUAUACAAAAAUUGCGUAAAAGUUCGGUAAAAAAUUUAGAUGAUGAGAAAACACAUUUUUGUAAGUCUAUCUUGAAACCGUUACAUUGUACAUAAAAAAAAAAAUUGCGAUAUGUAAAUCCAUCAUCAUUUACAAACAUUACUCAGGGUCUACUGUUUUUUCUACACUCCUUUACACACAUCUACGUAUGCAUCAAUAAAUAUUUCUAAGUUUUUUUACAAAA